AUGACACCAGCUGCAGAUUUCACAUCAAAGAAAUGCAUUGGAUUGGAAUGCGCUAAGCCAGCUAAACUCAGAUGCCCUACUUGUAUCAAGUUGGAGCUUCCUGAUGCUUUCUUCUGCAGUCAGGUGAGAGGUUUUUUAUUCUCUGGGGUUUUCUGAAGAUUACAACUGUUGGAUAGACCCGGAAAUAGACCUGGAACAAAGCUCAAGUUAUAUUUACCUUUAUAUAAUUGAUGUUGACCACGACUUUUGUGUCUUUAAUGUACAAAGUCAAUUUCAGGACUGUUUUAAAAGCAACUGGGAAAUCCACAAGUUUUACCACAAGCCCCAGGACAAGGUUUACAACCCAUUCCCUGGGUACACCUUCAGUGGUCCCCUCCGUCCAUUCCCUCAGACUCCAAAACGGGCUGUUCCAGAGACGAUUCCUUAUCCAGAUUAUGCUCUUCAUCCAGAAGGUGUCUCUCUGGAGGAGAGGAACUCCAAAAUGGCGGGUCAGAUUGUGGUACGUUGUCGUUUCGAGUUUAGUUUAUUUGUCUUUAGGUGAAUGGUGAAGAAGAAAUUGAAGGCGUUCGUUUGGCUGGAAGAUUGGGUCGCGAAGUCCUUGACGAAGCUGCCGCGGCUGUAGACGUUGGGGUGACGACCGACGAACUCGACAGAAUUGUCCACGAAGCAUGUAUUGAGCGUGAAUGUUAUCCAUCACCUCUCGGCUACUACAAAUUUCCGAAAAGUUGCUGUACUUCAGUGAAUGAAGUAAUUUGCCAUGGGAUUCCUGACCUGCGGCCUUUGGAGAACGGAGAUCUUUGCAACAGUAAGUGUUCAAUUGGUUUUUGUUUUAAUUUUAAGGAUUUUCUCGAUGGAAAAUGUAAUUUGAAACUAAAUGUUUAUUUUUUAGUUGAUAUUACGGUGUAUCACCGAGGAUUCCAUGGAGAUCUCAAUGAAACCAUUUUGGUUGGCGAUAAAGUAUCAAAGGAAGACCGUGAUUUGGUUCGAGUGACUUGGGAAUGUCUUCAACAAGCUAUUGCCACAGUCCGUCCUGGUGUGAAGUACCGUGACCUGGGCAAUGUGAUCUCGAAGCACGCUUCAGCCCAUGGCUUGUCAGUUGUUCGGCGUUUUACUGGUCAUGGAAUCCAUCGGUUAUUCCACACGGCUCCUAAUGUUCCCCAUUAUGCAAGUAAGUGGUUUUGAUUCUCGUGGAUAAUAAACAGAAAGUUGGUUGAGACGGUUUUCAAGGUUGUGGGCAUUGUAAUUGUAAUACCUUAACUUCAGAGAACAAAGCGGUCGGUGUCAUGAAGCCUGGUCAUAUCUUCACGAUCGAACCCAUGAUCAAUAUCGGCUCUUGGCACGAUGAAAUGUGGCCCGAUGACUGGACUGCUGUUACUGUAAGCAACACAACCUAGUUUUUUUAAACCUUUCCUUCCUUUUUUUACAUGUUGGAAAUGUUUGACCUUUUAAUUGCAACAUUUUUUUCAUAUUGCAAUAGAUAACUGAUCAAUUUUCAGCGUGAUGGCAAGAAGUCAGCUCAGUUCGAACAAACCAUGGUUGUAACCGACGACGGAGUGGAAGUUCUGACCGAGCGCCCUUCAAAACGCCCAUGGUUCAUGGAUCAAAUCGACGAAAAAUACAAAAAUAAGACAUAA